AUGAAUAUGCAACAUGUAUAUAAAUACAUAUAUUUAAAUAUAUGUCAAAUAAAAUAAGAUAAUACAAGUAAUAUAAUCGUAUCGUAUUUGAUAAUAAAUUUAAAAAUAUUUUAUAAGUAUACCAUUUCAAUAUUUUUCCUUCUUAUAAACAUAUAAAUAUUUUGUGCAAUAUCUCUUUUCAAUAAAUUUUUUUUUCAUCAUUUCUUAUGACUACCAUAUCACGUUCUUUAAAUUAUAAUGUUGGUAAUACAUACCAGCCAUUAUAUGUUAUAUAUGAAAUCACUCAUGAUAUAUAAAUGAUGUAGUCAAUAAAUACGAAUAAAAUAAUAACUAUUAGAUUAAAAUUUUAAAUAAGAUUAAAAUUUUAAAUAAGGAUAAAGACAAAAUGAUAGGGAUUUUAAAUGAUUCUGACAGUGAAGAUGAAUUGCCACCUGGAUGGGAGGAAAUGACAACUAAUACUGGGAAUGUAUAUUAUGUAAAAAUUACCAUCUGGAUGGGAAAAAUGUAUAUCAGAAGAUGGUCAAGUCUUAUUUGUUGAUCAUAAGAAUCAUACAACAACCUAUACUGAUCCACGGCUUGCAUUUGCUACGGAAUAUAGAGAAUCUUCACAGCCUGUAAGACAACGUUUUGAUGGUAGUAGCACAGCAUUAUCUGUUUUACAUGGUCGAGAUUUAAGACGUAAAGUUGCCAUAGUUACAGGUGCCAAUACUGGAAUAGGAUUUGAAACAGCUAGAUCAUUAGCUUUACACGGAUGCAAAGUUGUCUUAGCUUGUAGAGAUCUAAAAAAAGCUGAAGAAGCAAUACAAAAAAUAAAACAAGAAAGACAAAAUGCAGUGUGUGAUAUAUUACAUUUAGAUUUGUCAUCACUACAUAGUGUUAAAGAAGCAGCAAAAAAAUUUAAGCAGAAAUAUAGAACUUUGAAUAUCCUUAUUUUAAAUGCUGGAGUCUUUGCAAUUCCUUAUCAGCUUACAAAAGAUGGUUAUGAAACAACUUUUCAAGUAAAUUAUCUUUCUCAAUUUUACUUUACUCUUUUAUUAGAACACCCAAUUCGAAGCUGUCGUAAAUCUAGAGUAGUGAUAGUUUCAAGUGAAUCACACAGAUUUUCAUCUUUACAAACAAUAGAAGAUUUUCAUCAAUUAAUUUUAUCUCCUCCUGCAUAUAAAUAUUGGUAUAUGGAAGCGUACAAUAAUUCAAAAUUAUGUAAUAUCUUAUUUGCACAAGAAUUAGCAAACCGGUGGCCUUCUGUAAAUGUGUUUAGUUGCCAUCCUGGUAACAUGGUCUCUUCUUCAUUGUCUCGUUAUUCAUGGAUAUUACGAUUUUUGUUUAUGCUAGUACGACCUUUUACAAAGUCAUUGCAACAAGCUGCUAGUACAUCAGUUUUCUGUGCAACUGCACCAGAAUUGGAAGGGGUAACUAAAUGCUAUUUCAAUAAUUGUUAUCGUUGUAUUCCAUCUAUCACUGCAUUAGACCCUGAACUUGCAGCAAAAUUAUGGUCUGUUAGUCAAGAAAUGAUUGUUAAUAUUAUAAAAAAGAACGAUCUCUGGGAAGCAGCUUUAAGAUGAAAGAUAUUAUUAUAAAAAAUAGUUAUGAAUACGCAGAAAACAGUAAAAUAUUGAAACCAAAAAGUAUUUUAAUUAGUAAAAAAUUCAUAUUACUUUCAUUAAGAUUUUUAUUCUAUAGUCAAUAAAUUUGUUUUUAUAGUUUUUUAUAUUUUAAUACAUUUUUUCUUAAAUUCUAUUUGCGAUCAUGUGUGUAAAUAUGUAUAUUAAAAACAUAUAUGUUUAUUGAAAUUGUAUUAAACUGUUGUCAAUUAAAUAAAAUUAAAUAAAAAAUAUUAAAUAUUAAAA